UGCACAACAACCAUUUCCGACUCGUUUCCUCGAGUUGUUUCGCUCGCUUUUGUUGCUUUCCGGACUCGAUGGAUGAAUGAAUGUCCUUUCAGCGGGAGGUGAGGUAUCCACGGCUUCUCGGUCAUCCGACUCGCACCAGACCACACCGCCAAAUAAUUUGUGAAUACAUGACGAUUGCGGGUGGACCUUUCCUCUCUCUACUUUGCCUGUCGACUAUCGGUACUCGAUGCUUUCCCUUUCGCACCGAAACGGCAUAUGACCAGCAAUGUGAAACAUGUCCUCACAGCCCUACAGUCUUCGAAGCCGGCUGAACACUCAAGUCCCCUCCCUGCGCUCGACCCCGACUCCUUCGCCCAUUCCCAAGGCCGGAACCGGGCUUGCUCGCAAGGCUCGCUCUACGGACUAUGCGCUGCAAUUGCAGAGGGUUAUUGGGACAACGACAAAUGGUCCGAGUGGGCUGGCAUGCUGUCCGAGAACAAGCUCGUACGCCUAUUGCGCGGGAGCGGUAGCGGUGCUUGCGAGGCUCGGUUCCGAUGAUACACCUAUCCUCCGAUAUUUCAAGGCCCGACCGACUGCGGUUUCACUGAAUCCACCCACUUCUCACUAUGAAAGCUCACCAUCAACCACGCCAUCCAGGAGGAGGAUCAGCACGUUUACUCCCAGAAAGGGACUGGAAGAAUAUAACGGUGGCCCCGCAGGCCGCGAAUGGCUAGAAGAGUCUGGCGGGCAGACAUGGACCGCAAGGGAGCGUAUCAAAACCGCAGCUUGCGUGGCUCUGAGUCGUGACGGCCACUGGCUCGCAGUCGGGGAAGCAGGUUACAACCCUCGAGUUCUCCUGUUUUCAACUGCCGAAGAAGCCUCCUGUGAGGUACCUACUUCCAUCGUCACGGAUCAUACCUACGGCCUGAGAUGCAUAGCUUUCAGCUCAGACACGAAACAUUUGGCGACUCUGGGCGACUACAAGGACGGAUUCUUGUUCGUCUGGUCCUGUAAUGUCAAAACCGGUCAAUUGAGUUUACACUCGGCCAACAAGUGCACUGCCAACAUUUUUGAUAUGACUUGGUGUGGCAAUAAUGUGAUAACGGUUGGCACGAGAUGCGUUCGACUCUGGCAAAUACAGGACGCAAGAAAGCAGUCACCCGCCAGGAGAUUGAGAUAUCGCCCAUCCGAAGCAUCCCUAUCGAGCCCCGGACCAGUUCCGUUGCAAAGUCGUAAUGUCUUGCUGGGGCCAAUGGUGGACAGCACGUUUACGUGUGCCGUGUCAGUCGACGAAAUCAACGUCGUCAUUGGCACGGAAACUGGACAAGUUUGUUUGGUCGACAUCUCUCAGAACGUGCUGGAGCUCAAAGUUCUAAAGAAGCUGGAUUUCUCCAUCACCUCCAUCGCCUUCAUUCUGGAAGACAGAAGACUGUUGGUGGGCACUCCCCACGGGGUGCACAGCGAGAAUUUUGACACGUUGCGGAGAGAGGAGAGUAAAUCGCCUUCCAAGCUCUCGUCGCGGAAACCUCGCUUGUCAUCCAUACGACGCUCGCUCGGCUUGCUUGACCAGGCGGAGAGAAGUUUAGUGGCCAUAGGGACGCUCACAAACCACACGAUUACGUUGAACAAUGAUGGCUGUUUGCAAAUCCAGCGUCGCGGUUUGGAGGAUGGGGACAACCUUCAACCCACAUUUGCCGCUCACAAAAGCGUCAUUCUAGGAGUGCGGACGCUUCCAGAGUCUGCUGCCCAAGGCAACUUUUUCACCUACUCGAAGAAUGGAGAAGUGAAGUUCUGGAGUUCCAGCGGCGCACUACUGAAGCAAGAGAGUCUGCCUCCUGACACGGCUGAGUCACGAGACGAUGAGUUUGAGAAUGAGCUGACCCAGAUGCGUUUUCUCUCCCCUCAUGAUAUCUUCAUCGCUGGUGAUCGAUUUGGAUUAUUGAAACUGAUCAAGAGCCACGAUUGGCAAAUUGCACACACAAUCAGGGCACACAGCGCAGAGAUCACCUCGAUCGACGUUCUUGAGUCUGGAUCGCUUGUUGCGACAUGCAGCAGAGACCGGAUGAUACAGUUGUUCCACGUGAACAGCGAUUCCUUUGAGCUCCUACAGACGAUGGAUGACCACGUUGGGUCCGUCAAUCAAGUGAUGUUCAUUCAGAACGGCGAGAAAUUACUGUCUUGUUCUACAGAUCGGUCUCUGGUCAUUCGCGAGCGAAUGCUGCGACAGCCCCAUGGUGUCAAAGCUGUGGCCUAUCUCGCUACCAAGGUCUUAACACUCAAAGGCACACCGCUGUCGAUGGCGAUGGCAUCUGGAAACACCUUGAUCGUGUCGACCAUGGACCGUCGUGUUACAAAUGUCGAUAUCUCCACAGGCACAUUGCUCGAGUCGUUCAAGGUCGGCGAUGUGGAAACCGAUGAUACCGUUUUUUUGAAUUCUAUGGUCUGCUCGUCGAUCCCAGACAAUGGAGAUCAAAAGAUGCUGAUCGGAUACUGCUCCAUGGACAAAUCUAUCCGGGUCUACAAUGAGAGGAAUUUCACACUUCUAGCGCGAGAAUCUGGACAUACGGAGGGAGUGAGUGAUAUCGCCCUCCUUGAACAGCCCAAUAAUUCGAGUCCCGGUUCUCGGUGUACGGUCAUAAGCACUGGCUUGGACGGCACCAUCAUGAUCUGGAGCAUCUCGAAGAUAGCACCUCUAUUACUCACGCCAAGCAUCUCACAAGGACAGGCUGGAGGCUUGGGACUGGUUGCUGACGAAACCGAGGUGGCUAAACCCACGCCGUCAUCACUUCCGCCAUUGAGAAAGGUUUUGACAAAGAGUGAUAUAACGGAACUCCUAGGGGCGAAUGGGCAAGCGUCACCUUCUACUCCUCGGUCUCUGUCGCCGGUGCGAUUGCAGCGGAAGACGUCAAGACUUGCUCUUGCGACGUCCCUCGAAGACCUUGAAGAAACGCCAAGUAGGAAGACCGGGUUUCCUACCGAGCACAGCGAUUCACCCAGUGGUGAGAAAGCAGAGAUGCGACGUUCACCUUCUCCGCCGCCAAGAGGGCCAUCGAAAUUAAGAAGUCAAAGGUCUCGAGCAGACAUCAGCAAAGACAUCGAGUCUAAAAGAACACCAUUGGCAGAGCGCUCGCCAUCGCCGCCUGCAACGGCCGUCUCGAUGCCGAGCACUCCGAAACUGCGGCAAAAAGCCAACAAUGGGCGAUUGCGAAGACCGCCUUCGGUGCCUUCUGAUCUGCGGGCUCAAGCAGCAGCUCAAGGCCGCCGGCAGAGUAUGAGCCAAGCAUCCGAUUUUGGCAGUAUGGCCAUGGCAACCGAUCAGGCGACACGGAUGCUCAAGAUAUAUAAGAAAAAGUUGACCCUCAGUAAAGAGGCAGUUGAUCUGGAUGAUCUAGAGUUUGAAAUUUCCGGGCUGUUGAAGAUACUUCAGGAGAGGAAGAACAGAACGCCCUCGGGACAACAGCAAGAUGCUCGAGCAGCAAAUACCAGUGACAAAGCAAAAGUUGUGACAGAGAGCGAAGUUGAUCAGUUGGCGGUUUUGUUGGAGGGAUCAAGUAUGACUCAAUCUCCGACAACAGCUUCGGGCAGCAAGGAUAUACUGGGGUCCAAUGUAUGAAUCUCGUUGGUUGUUUUCUUUUCGGGUAUUGGUCUGUUUCACCUGGGGAAGCGCAGGACUUGUCCUUUUGGGCAUGGAGUUAUGACGGGAUCUUUCUUGAUGUCUGAGACUUGGGCUUUUUAGUAUGUGAUCUCGGAUUGGCAUGGAGGGUUGUUUCUUUCCCUUUUCUUCAUUUCAGUUGAACGGAACAUGGUUCGGACGCAAUCAGAAGCUAGGGAAGAACCACAGUUGCAAGGAGGGCUGGAAAAUCGUGGCGGACAAUGGAAAGCAGCCACAGGCGGCGUUUGGGCUCAAAGGACAGAAGAUACCACUAUUUUCAUUCUGCGUGUAAAUAAGCGGGAGAGCGAUGUAUAAAAGGG